AUGAAAAAUAAGCCUGUUCCACUGCCAGACUCUUUCCUCUCAUCAAGUGCUAGUGUCAAAGGAACUGCAAGCCAGAAGUGGUGCCUUUUCCGCCUUUUGCCUCAAAUGAUUGGUCACCUGUUGCCCGAAGGACACUCUGCUUGGGAAUUGUAUCUGCUCUAUAGGCACAUUGUGGACAUUAUUUUGGCGGACAAAGUCCCUGUAGACAGCAUAAUGUACCUGCGUGUGCAAAUAGAUGCUUUCUUGGAGAAGUUCACUGAACUGUUUCCAAACCAAAAGUUGAUCCCAAAAAUGCAUUUCCUUGUGCACUAUCCACGCUUCAUUCGUAUCUAUGGGCCACCAAGAAUGUACUGGAGCAUGAGAUUUGAGGCCAAACACUCAUAUUUUAAGAACAUUGCCAUCAAAUCUAAAUCUUUCAGAAAUAUCUGCAAGACAAUGUCAACAAGGGGGCAGCUGUUGCAGUGCUAUCAGUUUUCAGCACCAUGCUUUUCAAAGCCUCUCGUCACGAGCACUCAGAAGGCUGUAAAAUGGUCAGAGCUUCCCGAUUGUGUGAAGCCACUUUUCCCAACUGAAGUUGGUGAAGAUGAAACACUGUACAGUGUGCGAUCCGCAAGUGCUGAUGCUAGCUCAUACAGAGUUGGGGACAUGUAUUGUGUUGACUGGAAAGAGGAAGCUCCAUUGUUUGCGCAGGUAUAUCUAAUGGUUGUUCACAGGGGAACACUGCUCAUAUUCGUUCAAGUGUUUGACACUUUGCAGUUCAAUCACCACAGACACAGCUAUGAAGUGCAGCACUCAGGUGUAUAUAAUCUGUUACCUCCAGGGCAGCAUUUGGAGUACAACGCUUUGGACUUGUACGAAUUCCAAGACAAGUACGAGAUUAUUCCGUACUUCGAAAUCUAUGAAGAUUAG